CACGGGCCCGGGGAUGACAUAUGAAAACAAUAUAAACUCAUUUUUAUGAAAUUCUUAUACGAAGGAUUUAUUUGAGCCCAGAAGUGUUGAUUACUAGCAUUUCAAGUGAAAUCGUUCUGCCCCAUUUCUUUUCUAUCAGACUACAGAACAAGUAUUUGAAUUCAGAAAUUCCUGGAGCAAAGGUGAAUUGUGCUUUGCAGAUGCGAUAAAAAAGAUGGAAAAAGAAGCAAAGAAGGAAGCUUUUAGGAAGUAUUUAGAGUCUAGUGGAGUUGUUGAUUCUUUGACAAAAGUACUUGUGGCACUUUAUGAGCAGAAUGUAAAGCCUUCCUCGGCCAUUGAGUUCAUCCAGCAAAAAAUGGGUGGUCCAAGUUUAUCCGACUAUGAGAAGCUACAAGCUGAAAUGUCUGAUUUGAAAAUUAAGCAUAAAGAGCUUUUGGCAUCACAUGAAGAGAAGUGCAGGGAGCUUGAGGAAUUAAAAAGCUCUUUAACCAUGUCAUCAUCAGCCAAGGAGACAGAUGAUAUGGAGGUUCUGGAUCAUAACGUGCUUUGAAAGGAUUGCUCAAAUAUUUGAUAGAAUUGUCUUUGGUCAUCUGUCUUUUUACACCUCUUGGCCGUACAAUUAUCUGCACGGACUUUAAGUUUUGGUCGGCAGCCAUCAUAUUUCUAAUCUGUAAUAUUCUCGUAUAAAUCACUCAGUACCUCUGUAAAAUUGUUUCAAUUGGAUGUGCUAUGUGUAUUGUUCUUUA